UUCUUGUGACGUCACUGGUUCCAUCGAAUCCAUGCGAGGCCCGUCAGGUUGUCACUCCCAUUUUGUCAAUUUUAUAGAACAAAGUUGCCUUUUAAAUGAGAAAAUUGUGAUGAAUAAAAGUCCUCAAGGCUGAAGGGUAUUCUGACACAUCUGCUGUGGAGUGUGGAUGCAACCGGCCUCUCCUCCGAACAACUUGUAUUUCAAGAAAGCCUGUGAUCCUCCUCUCAGGUCCUGAGAAAUGAAGCACUUCACUGCUGCUACUACCUUCAAACACUCAUGGGACCAAGUCUCCUCGGCUUUCUGGCAAAAAUACCCUGGACCAUACAGUAAACAUGUGCUGUCUGAAGACGUUGUAUCCCGCUACAUCAGCCCAGACUGCAAGCUUCACAGCACCCGCCUGCUGACCAAGACCAACAGAAUGCCCAAGUGGGGCGGCUUUCUCUUCGGGAACAACUCAAGAUUUGUUUCUAUCGUCGAAGAGAGCAUCGUGGAUCCCAAGAAGAAGACAAUGACUACCUACACAAGGAAUAUAGGCUACCAGAAUUUCAUGGUUCUGGAGGAAAAGUGUGUCUUCACAGAAUCGGAAGAGAACAAGGAUUGGACGCAACUGACGAGACAGGUGUGGGUCAGCUCCAACCUGUACGGUUUCUCCAGAGCCCUGAUGGCCUUCGGUGUGGAACGCUACAAAGCCAACCUCACCAAGUCCAACAAAGGCAUCCAGUACAUCCUAGACAAACUCUUUGUGCCGGAGAGGGUUCCCGAUACACUACCUCACGAGGUUUCCAAGCUCAGAGACAAUGCCAAAGCCAAGGCCCAGAACAUGGCUGCCAGGGCCGGCGGAAUAGUCCAGUAGUGCGCCGCAUGCAUGUGGUAGGAGAGCGAUUGGCUGCUGGUAAGCCCCACCAUCAUAAACUGGAACUUGGAGGAAAAGGAAGGAUUUGUUGCCAGGUUCAGUAAAAUGCUCCAGGAUUCAUGACCCGACUAAAAAUGAGCUGUAUAAUGUACAGUGAAUUUUAAAAGUCGUACCCCUCACUGCAUCGGUUGAUAUUGAUGAAAUUUCCUGUACACUCUAGAUCUCGCUUCAUAUGAAGUUCAUUUGAUCUUGAGGUGAAGUAGUGGGAAUAUUCCCCAAAUGUUGAUAACGGUUAGAGAUAUAUGACUGAUCGAAUGAGAUGCAAUUUGGGGAAGUUGAAAGUGCAUUAUUAGUUACAGAUCUACAUGUAUGAUGGUCAAAUGUAACAAAAAGUAUCUGUGAUAUUGAAUUUUUGUAAAGAAGUUUUGUACCAUACCAUUCUCAUACUGAAAAACAAGCUGCAGAACAAAUAGAUUAUCAAGAUUUAUUGUUCUAACUUAUUAAAACUCAAGUAGGAUAUAAAACAAAUAUACCAAGCCUUUAUUUCAAAAGUGUAGAGGGAAUUAUUCAUCCUUUAUUGUACUCGUCCCUCUUGCUAGAGUUUUAAUUAACUAUUUUUGUGAUCCAUGGAUAUUGGCGGUGCCUGUCAGUAACUUUGCUAUGUUCACAAUAUAUCAGUCUGUAACAAAAACAGUACAGCCAUUAAUGGCAACUAUUUGUUAUUUUAUGUAUGUAUGCACUACUCAAUGCAAUCAGAUGGUCAUCAUUGUAGGUAUGUAGCUGUGGACAGAUUUCUGUCAUAGCUUUUUACUUAUUGCACAACGCAACUGCAGUUCACUUUGCAUGUUGGGUGCAAUUGCAAUUUUUUAGAAAUUCUUAUUGGAAAGCUGUUAGUAAGAAGUGUUUAGUUAAUCAAUUUUUAAUGACCAAACUCUUGAAUUAAAUGUUAAUGAUCUGUUUUUAUUGACACUAGUCUUACUGUUUCACCUCAAGAAUAGAAGGAGGAAUAUUCAUUUCAUGUGCACUUGUUCAAAAUUUUCAGGCUUUGCAUUGACAAGGUCAGUGUAUUGGUUAAAGUAAUUUGGAUUUUAAAUGAAAGUGGUAAUUGAAAUCACCAGAUUAGUGCCAAAUGUCCAUGAAAGCUUGCUAACAAUGUACAAUAUGAAAUACAUUAAUUUGUAUGUUUACAUUUAGAUAUGAGAUCUACUUUUGCGAGGUGAUAAACAUUUGGUGUUCAGCUUGAUAGCUAGCCCCUAUUGUCUCCUUGUUGUUUUAUGAACUUAUGUUGUCCGGCCCGGCUAGAAUUAGUGGACAUUUAAGUUGUUUGAGGAACUAAAAUGAGAGAAAUGAAACCUGGGGAGAUGUUAUUUAAGAGUUGAUUGAAAUGUUUGUUCCAAAGUGCAAAGUGGAUUUAUCAACUACCUGCAACCCCGACAGAUCUCCCAUUGUUGUAUCCAUGUAGCUCGUUGGACAGAAUGUAUGAUGCGGUUGGAUAUUUGGGCUUAUAGUGGACUCGAACACAGGUUGUAUGGCCUAGUGGUUAGAGCAUUAUACUCAUAAUCGCAAGGUCGUGAGUUCGAAUUUUCACUCUGCUAUUGUCUCUACUUCGAUAAAAAGGCCAAAGGGUAAUAUCUGUCAUCUAUAAUGUCAGCCACUAUGACUGAUUAAACUAGAUGUAAAAUGUUGCAUAGGUAGUUGGUUAUAUACCAGCUUGGCGUUUACCAGCAAAAGAGCUGUCCUGCCGAGUUCCUACAGGAGUUACCGUAAACAGAAACAGUUGUGUCUCAAGGUUGUCAUCAGUCCGAUUAUAAGAAUCAAGAGCUUAUGUCCUUUCAUGGCAAUUUGAUGUAAUCUCCGAUUUGUAAACUGCCAACAGAUCAACAUGCGUAGCUGCAUCAAGGUGCUGAUGAGACUGAUCUUGUUAAAUGGCUCUUAUACCAUGUGAGAAAAGUGUGAUUGGUCAUAAGUGAACAGAAACAGGAUGUCUGCUAUUCCAAAGGUUGAUACCUACAUGUAGUCACAAGAGUGCAGAAAUUGGUAAAAGGCCAUCCUGCAAUCUCGCACAUAUAUGGAAAGUAAACCUAUAAUCGAGUGUACUCUGGGAUUAAACUAUCAGCAGUAAAGUAGGGAAGAAUUCUUCCCGUGCCAGCUAACAUUGACAUUAAAAAAAAAAAACAUUUACGCUAUUAAAAUUCUGUGUAAAGCCUGCUGACAUUGCCAGUCUUAUGUUUAAUGGCAAGAAACCUCCAAAAUCAUGCCUCGUGCUCAUCUGCCCAUAACACUUGACCUUGUGCCUCAGGGCUAUUUACACCAAGUCUGUUGUAUCUGACCAUGUAGGCAAUGAGACCAAGUGGUGAAUUACCUAUCAAAGCAAGAAUAUUGUCCUUACAUCGACAUUCCAGUGGAAUAUAUGAUAUACAUGUGUACUCAGGUAUAUUCAUCAUUUCUCUUGAAGUGUAGAAUUCCUGCAAUCCAAAUAUACUGUAGUAGAUUUCAAAAGUUGA